CUGUCGAAUUUGACGUUCUUUAUACACAUCUUUCGCAUCAUCCAUACAUACAAUUUUGUGCAAAACUGAGUACUGAUUUCAAAUUUAUUUUAUUAAAUUUUCUAAAUUGCAAAAUAAUUUUGGAAUGCGUUCCCGUUCCCGUUCCCGAACGAGAUCACGUAGCCGGCAUCAUUCACCUGAGAAGCGAAGACACGAUUCACGUGAUCACGAUGAUAGAAGUGAAAGGGUAAGGAGCCAUCGCAGACGCAGGCCUUCACGUUCAAGAACUAAAUCGCGGACACCAUCACGCUCACGGUCAAGAUCACGGACACGUAGAGGAUCCGUGGAAAGUCGCCGGGACAAACGUGAGAAGUAUCAACAUAGAGAUAAUAAUCGGUCGAAAUCAAGGUACAGGAGGAGUACUAGUCGUUCUGCCCCUGCAGACGAUAAACAAAGUGUUGAAAGAUGGCCUAAUGACAAGUUUCAUGAAAAUAAUUAUGGUGGACGUCAGAGUAAUCCCUUUCGCGGCGGAGCUAGUGGAAAUAACCAUCAACAGAAAAAGUCUUCAAACUACUUGGAAGCACGACGGGAACAACGUGAAUUGAUCGGCAUAGAAGGUACAGAGGAUGUUUGGGCUAAAAGCCCAGCGCAUCCAGAAGUAUAUUCAGACGACGAAUUAGAUGAUCCAGAUUUUAAAAUACUGGAUGGCACUUAUAAAAAGCCAAAAAAGAAGAAAAGUAAAGCUAAAAAGAAGAAAUCAAAAAAGCGCAAAAGUAGUAGCAAAAAGAAAUCCAAAAGCAAACGAAGCAAAAAGAAGAAAGUGUCGAGCUCUAGUAAUACAUCCAGUUCAAGCUCAGAUUCCUCCUCAGAUGACAGUUCUGAUAGUGAUAGUUCGGAAAGCGAAAGUUCUUCGGACUCGGAUUCUGAAGCAGAGGAGAUGUGGUUGGAAAAGAAUGUAGACGGAGUCAAACCCAUAAAAAAGAAAUCCAAAACCAAAAAACACAAGAAAAAUAAAAAACGCUCAAAACAUGUAGCAAGCAAAUCUAGUACGGAUAAACCACGAUCCUCACACGAUGUUGGCGUCGGUGGUGAAGAGUUCGGACCCACACUAAGGCAAACUAGUGGUUUAAGUCAGAAAGAUUUCGGACGUGCUCUUUUACCUGGUGAAGGUGCCGCUAUGGCAGCUUAUAUUGCAGAAGGAAAACGAAUUCCACGUCGUGGUGAAAUUGGUUUGACAUCCGAGGAGAUUGCCAACUUUGAAUCCGUUGGUUAUGUUAUGAGCGGUAGUAGACAUCGCCGCAUGGAAGCUGUUCGUAUUCGUAAAGAAAAUCAAAUCUAUUCUGCAGAUGAAAAACGAGCAUUGGCCAUGUUUAGCAAAGAGGAGCGGCAGAAGCGUGAAAAUAAAAUUUUGUCACAAUUUAAGGACAUGGUUAAUUCCAAGGUACAUGCGAAAGAGAAGAAAUAAUUUAUGGUUAAUGUGUGUACAUAAAUAAAUUUAAGGAAUUAAUAAUGUAUGCUUCUAAUGUGAUGAUACCAUUAAAAACUGAACUUUUGAAAUUUUA